CGGUUUAGUUCACUAGCAUAAAGAGCAGGGACGUGCACGACAAGCUGAACGCCCCGUUGUUGCCUAAAAAUCAAACACUUCUGCAAGUAAUCUUCGACAACAUGGCAGAGAGCGACUGGGAUACCGUGACUGUUUUGAGGAAGAAGGGAUCAGCUGCUCAAUCAAAGUCUAAGCAGGCUAUAACUACUGCUCAGAGGAAAGGAGAAGCCGUCGAAACAUCCAAGAAAUGGGCUGCUGGACAAAACAAACAGCAUCUUGUGACCAAGAACACCGCCAAGCUGGACCGAGAGACGGAGGAGCUCAGCCAUCAGAGAGUGCCUCUGGAAGUAGGGAAGGUGAUCCAGCAGGGCCGACAGAAUAAAGGCCUCACCCAGAAAGAUCUGGCAACUAAAAUCAAUGAGAAGCCGCAAAUCAUUGCGGAGUAUGAAUCUGGGAAGGCCAUUCCCAAUAACCAAGUCAUGGGGAAGAUUGAGCGAGCCAUUGGCCUUAAGUUGCGUGGAAAGGACAUUGGGUUGCCUCUUGAUGCUGACCCCAAGAAGAAAUGAGAACAAAAUCCUCGAAAGAUCCACCAUUCACUGAAACCUUUCAGUACUUGUAUGAUCUUUACAGUUAAUCUUUAUUAAUUGCUGCAUUACUUCAUAUUUUCCCGAUCCAGUGGUGGAUCAGACACGCUCAUAUUGCCACCCACACAAAAGGCUUAUUAUCUAACGUUUUAUGUCAGAUGAUGAAGACUUGGAUUAAAUAUUUUAUUUUAUUUUUUAGCUUGCUCACUGCUUUGAAAUAAAAACUUAAUUUCUAUGUCUGA